AUGUUUUUGCUUUUCAACAGCUAUUUCGAUUUCUUCUUCAUGUGUGGCUACGCGCCAAACGUCCGCGUCUGUCUGCCCAAAGGGGACGGCAUCUCGAACGUCGAUGAUCUUUUGGGCAACUGGUUGCUCCGGGGUGCUGUCUGGCUAGUAGCCCUUCUCGGCUGCUUUGGCAACCUGAUGGUGAUCUUUGCCCGCUGCUUCGUCAGCGAGGAUAAUAAGGUCCAUUCGUUCUUCAUCAUGAACCUGGCCGUGGCCAACUUCCUCAUGGGUCUCUAUCUGCUCAUCAUCGGGCUGCAUGACGUCAUGUUUAGAGGCGAGUACAUCUUCAAGGAUUUAGAUUGGCGAAGCGGAUGGGUCUGUAAGAUGUGUGGACUACUGAGUCUUCUAUCCAGUGAAAUGUCUGUCUUGACAUUAACAGUGAUCACGUCUGACCGGUUCAUCUCAAUCGUGCACCCGUUCAAGUUCCGUCAGCGUCACCUCGCCCACGCCGUCAUCCUCAUGGUCGGCUUCUGGUUGGCCGCCAUGCUCAUCGCCAUCCUCCCCGUCCUUUACCGCUCCUACUUCGGUGAGUUCUUCUACGGCGGCAACGGCGUCUGUCUCCCUCUCCAGUUCGAUCGGCCCUUCGACCACGGCUGGGAGUUUACUCUGGUUGUCUUCGUCCUCUUCAACCUCUUCGCGUUCCUAUUCAUUCUCUACGCCUACGCGCAGAUGUUCGCCACCGUUCGGAAGUCCAGUCUUGCUAUGAGAUCAACGAAAGAGUCGCAAGACUGGAAUUUGUUGAAACGUUUCUCGAUCAUCGUCGCUACUGACUUCAUCUGCUGGAUGCCUAUCAUACUGGUCAAGAUAGCAUCUUAUUCAGGUAUCGCCAUACCGCAGUCAGUGCAUGCGUGGUUUGCCAUCUUCGUGUUACCAGUCAACUCCGCUCUCAACCCAAUUUUAUACACAAUCACUACGCAGUUCUUCAGACAAAGGUUCCUACGACCAAUCCGACGUCUGUGUGGCCGUUGGAAGCAAGGCAAAACGUACCAGUCUGGAUCUUACGAUGAUUCGAUCACCGGGAUCGCAUGUUUACCAUCGACCAAGCGAGGUACAGCCGUGGCUCACUCCCGACUCGUCGGGCCACCCUUCCCACCCCAAACGGCCUUCGGUACGGGUGGAAGAUACGAGCUGCCGCGAAGAACCAGAGGUCGUGGUAGUACACAGCAACAGUCAGAACCGGGUCGAAUCCAGCGACGUCGCAGAACCGCUGAUUGA